CAGACAGGCGAGGCGGCGUCCGCUUAUCGCACGCGCACUUCUGCAAAAACAACCUCAGUCCUUCAGCGAGACCUCUCUUUCAUUAGCUUGUCGUCACUCUAAUUAGAGCACCGAUGAGCAACAUGAAUCUGUUCGUACUCGCAACUCUUUUCUCAGUGGUUUUGGCCGAAAAAUCACCUCGGCUGAAAUUCAUCGUGAAUGAAUCACCUCGAUUCCGCUUCAUAAAACCAGAGAACUUCACAACGGUUUACCACCAACACGAGACUGAUGUCCUGUAUGUGGGGGGCCAAGGGGUCAUCUAUAAGCUCAGUUUUCGUGAUAAAGAAGUGCAUGACAUUCAGAUCCCUGUGGUGAUGGAUGAGAAUGCAAAAGAGCUGUGCCUCUCUAAAUCAUCCCUAUGGAAGCAUGAGUGUGAUAAUUUCAUCACGGUAAUUGAAAAAGUCGGUGAUUCAAUGGUGGUGUGUGGGACAAGAGCAGGAACUCCUAAAUGUUGGCUGCUGGUAAAUGACAGCACACUGACGGACAUGUCUGAGGAAACAGCAGCAUCUAACAUCUUGGCACCUUUUCCCUCUCAGCGCUCUAUCAGUCUGUCAGCAGAUGAGAAUCUGUACUCUGCUCUGUCAGCGGCUGCAGGACAGACUGGCUCUAUCCGUCGCACAUUCGGCUCCAAAAAGCAGCUGAAGACAGAGAAUAAAUGGUUACAAAAUCCGCAGUUUGCAGGAGCUGCUGUGAUACCACACGAGGAGAAACUCAAAAAUGAGAUCUACUUCUUCUUCAGCGAAGUCAACAGCACCUCCAGUCUAGAUGAAGAGCCGUACAGGGCACGGAUAGGACGAGUCUGCAUGGUCGAUGAGGGAGGGCUUCAGAAUGUGCUGCCCAACUCCUGGACUACAUUCCUGAAGGCACGUGUGAUGUGUGGGAAAGCUGGAACUCCUGUGCAGUACAACAACUUCAAGCAGGCUUUCGUUCUGACCUCUCAUCUCCGCACUGGCUUGAUCUAUGGCAUUUUCUCCAAUGCCUGGAACACCACCGUAGUGUGUGCGUACUCUAUUGAAGAUAUUGACAAAGCCUUUUCUUCAUCCAAACUGAAGGGCUACAACUCACCAUUGGCAAAUCCACGUCCUGGAACGUGUGCUUUCAAGAAUAACACUCAAGCUCAUAAUCAGAAGAUCCUGAGUGUGAUCAGGGAUCACCCUGAAAUUGAAGAAGUGAUCGGCCCGGUACAUGACGUUCCUCUGGAGUUGUCGGUUCAAGACCACUUCACUCAUAUCGUAGCGGACACAGUCUUGGCUGUCAAUGAUGAACACUACAGCAUCAUUUAUUUGGGCACAGAGAAAGGUAAAGUCCUGAAGGUGCUCCACACCAUAGAAGGAGCCUUUAUCAUCGCACAGUACUCCUUAUUCCAUGACGACAGUCCUGUCACCAACAUGGCCAUCGACCCCAAAAAGGGUCAUCUCUACAUUGGCACACAGCUUGAAGUGCAGCGCCUCCCUCUGGCGGACUGCGGUCGUUACGGUCUCAGCUGUAGGGAAUGCAUCCUUUCACGGGACCCAUAUUGUGCGUGGGACGUGCACAAGAAGAAGUGCACUGCGAUCACAACAGGCAGCAUUAACACCGGAAACCUCAUUCAGACGCUUGACCACUCCAAUGCCUCAGUCUGUGGCGAUACUAAAGCUCCUAAAGCCCGCAGCACCAUCCCCAAAGAAGUUUUAGUAGAUAAAGAUGGGCCGGUCCUGCUGCCCUGCCCCGUGCGCUCCUAUCACGCCUCUUACCGCUGGGAGAAAGACAACUGCAUCAAGACUUACCCCUGCACCAUCUCAGGCUCCUCAUGUGUCCUGGCACCGACCCCCGAGCUGCCCUUGAAGGAGGGUGUUUUCCGCUGUCUGGCGGAGGAGAGCGGCCUGCAGCAGGAGGUGGUGUCCUAUAAGCUGGUGUUCAACGGCGGGCCACUAUCAACCUCUUUGGCCUCCACCCUGGGCUCCACUCUGCUGCUGGCCGUCACCGCACAUUGGCUCCUGUAGAUCCAGAUUGAGGAAGAAACCAGUGUUAUGCUAAGGUCAGCAGAGCAUGAGUUCAGCUACAGUAAACUGCAGGAGCGUCUGGUCUCGGUAUAAACUGGGUUUCUUGUUUCUUAUUCGGAGCAAUCACUAUAGAGCUGCACGAUUAAUCGGUGAAAAUCGCAAGCUCGAUUCAGACACCCACAUGAUAUCAAUUUUAAAUGAUCAAUAAUUUGUAUGUUUAUUAAAGCUUUGAAGAUUAUAGCGGUACAGUACGUUCAAAUCUGCGUUCAAUUUAUUAUUCAUAAUAACAGUAUUAUUAUUAUUUCUAUUUUAUAAAUAUUCCAAUUGCCACAGAAGGUCUGGGCUAAGUUUAAACACACUGAUGUUUAAAAAUAUAUUAGAUCAAAUAUGAAAAUCUACCAGUAGAUUAAAAAAAUAUCAGUUUCAAUGCAACUUGAUGCUUCAAAUUAAGGUUGUAGUUAUUGCACUGAUAACUUCAACCAUUAAAAAAGUAUUUAUCAUUCAAUAAUGUUCAAGUGAUUCUUCAAAAAUGCUGAUUCAUCAAGUAAUGAAACGUUUAAAGUCUUUAUAAGAGAGUCGUUAAACUGUUCAUUCAAAUCGAGGUUAAUUUAAAUUAUAACCAUUUAAAUUUAAAUUAUAUUAUUAUUAAAUGACAAAUUAUCCAUUUUAAAUUAUAAAUAAUUAAAUAAUUUUUUUAAUCUGCAGUGAAUUAAAUUUAGCCUGAACAUCUAGUAAAUUAUUAUUUCCUAUAAUAAUGUUGUCUAUUCAGAAUCGUGGGAGAAUCGUGAUCUCUAAUAAUAAAUAAAUUGCGACUUUUAUUCAAAAUCGUGCAGCUCUAAAUCACAAGAUUUAUUCUUUUCUUUGAAGGGCCGAGAAAAUGCCUACUAUUGUCUCAUUUAGCGAAAAGCUUGACCAUUACCAAACUCCAGUGUUAUGUAUAACAUGAACUUAUAUGUAAGUGAACUUUCAUUCUGCCAUCAGCCUGAAGCCAACAUUUAGACUUAUAUACUGUAUGUUUAAAUAUCUAAUACAUGAGGUUUGUGUACCGCAUAAUACAUUGCUUGCAAAAUGUUAGUGCCAUCAUUCAGAUGUUUCAGAGGACUGCUUUGCUAAGACAUGGAAUCCCUAUCAGUUCUUUAACAGGUUACUUUCUCAUUUACACUUUACAGUGAAGUUCAGUCGCAUUAGUCAAACGCAUCGGUAUUAUCAAAUCAGAUUCAUACAGAAUAAGAAAAGCCGAUUGACAGUAUAGAUAAUAAGAAUCAGUAAUGCAAACGCCAUCAAAUAAACAAUCAAUUUAAAUUCAGCUUUAAAAUAUUAUUAUUCAGUUCAAGUUGGUUCAGUUCAUAUUAAAGGGAACGUUCACUCAAACAUUGGUCAUUUAUUCACCCUCAGGCCAUCCAAGAUGAAAAAGGUGACUUUUUUCUUCAGCAGAUCAUUUAAGAAGUGUUUUUUCUUGAUGACUCACAAAAUG